AUGCAGCAGAAAUUGGUAUCGAUUCGCGAGAAAAUUGAUCAGUUCCCUAUGAAAGAUGUUUUCAAUAUGGAUGAAACUGGGUUGUUUUAUAGGCUACAAGUUGAUCAUUCACUGACAACAAAACAACUUGAAGGAAGAAAACAAGAUAAAGAAAGGCUGACGGAAGUUAUUUGUUGCAACGAAGAUGGCUCUGAAAAAAUCCAUCUAUGGAUUAUUGGGAAAUAUGCAAAGCCUUGUUGCUUCAAGAAUGUCAACAUGAAUAGCUUGAAUUGUCAGUAUCGAGCUAACAAAAGAGCAUGA